AUGGCGACAGAAACAAAAGUGAAACAAUGUUUAAAAAAGUUUGGCUUCGAUAAAUUCCGAUCUGAUAUUCAAGAAAAAGCCAUUUUAUCAAUUAUAAAUGGAAAUAGUGAUGUGUUCAUAUCGUUUCCGACCGGUGCUGGAAAAUCAUUGUGCUAUCAAUUUCCUGCGGUCUACAAAGAAGAUGGUCUUUCACUUGUUAUAUCUCCAUUACUUGCGCUAAUACAAGAUCAAGUCACAGCUCUAAAUGAUAAACAAAUCGUUGCACGUACACUUAAUUCAACAUUGAGUCAACAAGAAAAGAAAAUCGUACUUGGAGAUCUUAUGCAACGGCAACCAACGACUCGUCUAUUGUAUAUAACACCAGAACUGGCUGCUACUCAAAGUUUUUUAUCGAUAAUCAAAAAAGUUCAUCAACGUAAAUUAGUUAAUUACCUCAUCAUUGACGAAGCACAUUGUGUGAGUCAGUGGGGUCAUGAUUAUCGACCUGAUUAUUUAAAAUUAGGUACAUUACAUGAUGAACUAAGUAAAGUUCCAUGUAUUGCUGUAACAGCUACAGCAUCACAGAAAGUAAUUGAUGACAUAUACAGUUCAUUACAUUUGCGACGACCAGUAAUUGAAUUUAAAUCAUCCGUAUUUCGUCCGAAUCUUUUUUAUGAUGUUCAAUUCAAAGAAUUAGUUGACGAUCCUUUUAUCGAUUUAUGUCAAUUCAUUGAUGAAAUUAAAAAAAUGACCGAUACGCAAUCAAAUAGUGGAAUAAUUUAUUGUCGAACACGUGAUUCAUGUUCGGAGUUAGCUAACAAACUAACUCAAACGGGUCAAUGUGGUUCGGUGAAAGCAUAUCAUGCUGGUUUAACAAAUGAAAAACGAAAACAAAUUCAAGAUGAUUGGAUGACAGGCUCUAUCAGUAUUAUUUGUGCUACUAUUAGUUUUGGAAUGGGUAUUGAUAAGGGUGAUGUUCGAUUUGUUGUUCAUUGGGAUUUGGCAAAAUCCAUAUCUGGCUAUUAUCAAGAAUCCGGCCGAGCUGGACGCGAUGGAAAACGAUCUCAUUGUCGAAUGUAUUAUUCGGCACGCGAACGAGAUACACAAUUAUUUCUAAUUAAUCAAGAAAUAAAUGAUAAAAAAAUUGCUGAUGAGCAAAAAACGUCGAUGCUUAAUGGUUUUAAUUCUCUUGUUCAAUAUUGUGAAGAAGCAAAAUGUCGACAUUUGGUGAUUUGUAAUUACUUCGGUGAUAUGUCGAUGAAACCUUGUGAAAAAAUGUGUGAUGUAUGUACACAACGUGAACUUGUUUCAGCUAAUUUACAAAAUUUAAAGAAAAAGAAAUUCGAUGAAACAAUCAAUCGACGUUCAACAAAUCGUAUCAUGUAUCGUGAUGAAGGCAGCGAAGAACAGUAUGAAGGUGGUCGCACUGGAAAUCGGCGUGAUGAACGGGAAUAUCGUGAGAUUGAUGAUAAUUAUCGACGAGAGGAUGAAACUGAAUCAGCUAAAUUAGCUACAAAACUCGUACAAAAUGAACUUAAACGACGCGCAGCGGCAGUGGAAAUAAAACCAAAAGCUUGGGUAGCAGCCAGUACUAAUUGCCCGUUAAUUGAUCCAAGCAAUCGAAAAAUUCCUAAUGUUACCGUUCAACUACGUGAACAUGUGUGUCGGAAAUUAAAAGAAGUAUUAGUUGAAAAUAUUGAAACACAUUUUGCUAAUGAUGAAGCACAGCGAAUUGCACUUGAAGCAACAUGUCUGGAUAAAGCUAUUUGGCUUGAACAUCAAGUAUUUCAAGCAACAAAAAGUGAACCCAUGUAUAAAAUGAAAUAUAUGUCCAAAUGUAAUGAAAUUACUAAAGCGACAAAAACUAAUGCUAGUUUGUAUAUAAUUGAUUCUAUGCCAACACAUUCUAAUACAGACUUGUCAUCCUCGCCUACAUCUUUAAAACGUAAACUUUCCGAAACUGAAUCAAGUUCUAUUUCAAACGAACCCGAAACGAAAAUUCUUAAACAAAACGGACACACAGAUGAACAACAAGACAAAUCUAAUCUACCAUCAUUGUCACCGAUAAACACAGAAAAUAAAUCGCCGAAUCGAAGAAGAUCAUUAUCAUCAUCGUCGUCUUCCUCUUCGUCGUCAUCAUCAUCAAGUUCAUCAAGUAAUUCAUCGUCAUCAUCCUCAUCGACGACUUCGUCAUCAACAAAUAAAAUUUCAUCACCAAAAAUUAAAAUCAAUAAUAAUGAUAAAUCAACUAAAACUCCACCAUUAAAACGGCCAAAUGGUGAAAUUCCAAAGGAAAAGAAAAAAGCAAAAUUAUUCGAUCAUUCACUAUCAACAUUAACAACGAAUUCGAAAGUUCAGUCAACAAAUCAUCGUCAUCGUCGGAAUUCUCUACCAGUUCCACCGAAUCCGUCCGAUGUCAAAGCUAAACAAGCUCGUGGUACAUUAAAAACUUGUCUUGAAUCGAUGUCGAAUUUUUUACAUCAAAAACUCAAUGAACAACCAUCGAAUCAUUUAACAAUUCAAUCACCAAAUGAAGAACCAAUUCCACCGCAAGGUUCAUCAUCACCAUCGUUUCUUAACGAUCAAGAACAACAGAUUCUUAAUGUUAAUCGUCAGCGUCAAACAAGUUUAGAUGAACGUAUCCGAUCAUUAUUUAAUAAUAAUUCUGAUGAAGAUAAAAAAAUUAAAGAUUUACCUAAAACAAACAAUCGUAAAUCAUUACCAUUACCACCCGGUACAUCCAAUUCCAAGGAAGAACAUAAACAUUCAUCGUCGAAAAAACGUAGUAUUUCGUUAACAGCUAAUGGAAAAUCAACAAACAAAAAGUCAUCAUCAUCAUCGCUGCAAAACAAACGAUUAUUAUCGACUUCAUCGUCGAGUGGUAGUCGAAAAUCAUCAACGAAAAAAUCUCGAGAUAGCAAACUUCCUGUGAAUAUCAAAACAAUAUCCGAAGUUGUUGUUGACGUACUCAAUCCAUUUUAUCAAGCAAAUCGAUUUUCAUCUAAAGAAUUAUUUAAAACACUUGCUAAACGUAUUUCACAACAUCUAGCUACGAAAGAGUUCUCAAAUAUUGAUGCGGUGCGCAUGGAUGCUAAAUCAUUAAUUAAACCAGCAUUUCGUCAUAAGCAUUCAAAAAUCUUAACACAUGCUGACUUGGAUCGAAUCGUAUCAGCUUGA